GGCAUCUGUUAAGCUUAGAAAAAGCAAAAGCUAGCUUGCAGGUUCCAGCUGAGUCCUACAGUCUUUCUUGUUUCCUGGCAAAAGAAUUCCCCGCAUCUCCUGCAACAAGACAAACCGUAGCCCACUCAACAACCCAACAUCACCAAAAUAAAUCUUUUUAUGGCCAAGAAAUAAGAAAUAUUGAAUCUUUCCUCACAGAAAUUGCAAAAGCUUGGGGACAAGAAAAAAGAAAAGGAAAAUUCAAAACCAAGGUCAAGAAUUUCCAAGACUCCUCUGCCUCUCUCUCUCUCUCUCUCCUCACUCUCUCUUGCUCUCUCGUGCUCUUUCUCUCUCUCUCUCUCACAGAAAUCAUGCCUGUUUUGGGAGAGAGCUCUGAGCACACCAAACCCAGAAGACCCAGAAACCAGCUCUGCAAUCCCAUUCAAGAAACUGCAGAUCGGAGCCCAUCGCCCUUCGUCCUUCCAAACCGCGCGAAACCCACCAUUUCUUCGUUUCUCCACUCUGAAUCCCCCAGUGAGCACAUGCCCACGACCAUGAACUCCGCCAAGAAGAAGCAUUUCGCGUCCUCAAGAUUCCGGGGACUCGGGUGUGCGGCCUCCGCGUCGCAGCAGGUCUCCGUGCCGGCGGUGAUUAGGGCAUCUGCGGAUUGGGAGAAGAGGAAGGUGAAGAAGAAGAAGCAGAAGAGAGGCGGCGGCGGCGGCGGCAAUCCAACAGUGGUGGUCGACGGUGGUGGGUCGAGCUUCGGGGGUUGCAAUUCUGGGUCCUCUUGCGUCGUGGCUGAGGAUGCCUGGUGUGGUCCUGGAAUUGGCUUCUCAGCUGCUGAUGCUGAUUGUGUGGUGGUCGGCAGGAGGAACAUGUCCGCAAGAGGGACGAUUGAUGGCGAUAAGUUUGGUCCAAGAGAGCGACUUUGCGUCUCGAGGCGGACUGUGAAUCCAGAAGAGUUUAUUCUGGAUUCUGACCCCGCCUUCGGAACUACUCACUCAGGGCUGGAAACAUAUGUGCCUGGACCUCGGCGCUACCGCCAUAUUCGACAUCCUUCGCCUGAAGGCCUAGCUGAGAUUAUGAUGCUUCACACAAGUCUUCUAAUGGGAGGAAGGUUGGAUGUACUUGAUCGUUACCGAGGCUGGAGACUCGACAUUGAUAAUAUGACUUAUGAGCAAUUGCUUGAGCUUGGCGAUAGGAUUGGCUAUGUGAAUACUGGCCUCAAAGGUGAUCAGAUAGCUCACUGCAUCAGAAAGAUUAAGCUCACAAAUCUGAAUGAUUUGGCACGUCAUUUUUCUGCAAAAGCAGAUAGGAAGUGCAGCAUUUGCCAAGAAGAGUUCGAAGUAGGUGACGAGCUCGGGAAGUUGAACUGUGGGCACGGCUACCACAUGGAAUGCAUAAAGCACUGGCUUGGGCAAAAGAACUCGUGCCCGGUUUGCAAGUCUGAGGCAGUGGCUCGGUCCUAGAAUCCUCGCAAAUCUUAAAGCCUUGGCAGUUGCUCCCUCAGCCCCCCAAAAUGUAUAGGUUUUGUUUCCUAUAUUAGGAGAAUCCAUUCUUUUCAUUCGCUAUGCAAUUCUCUCCACCCAUGGUCUCAUUGCUGAAGUUUGAUCUCUUGUUCUCCUUUGUCAUUUUUUUUUUUCGUUUCAAUUCUAAAUAUAUGAUUCGGAAUUGGCUGAGAUGUUUCAAUCUGAUGAUUACUUUAUCUGAUUUAUA